AUGCCUAUCCUUCUCACUUCUCUCCUGGGCACCGCAGUGGGCUCUGCAGUAGUCUACUACACCUCUCCCACUCUAGCUGCUGUUCUCUCCGGAUCGGCACUCGACUGGAUCACGAUUCACUCCUUGGCAAUCGACGCUCUCUUCGCCAUAUUGAUUUGCUUCUUCAUCCUCUGCUAUUUGGAGACCAAGUGGAUCGCCGUCAACCAAUCAUUUCCCUACACCUUCCAUCUCAAGAACAACCUUGGAAAGUCAUCUUUUGAUUUCCAAUUGGUGGUGUUUGAGCUCUGGCAUACCAACAAGCUGAACAGAUAUGGGCACAUGGUUUGUCUGUUCUGCGAACAGCUUCUUUGGCUCUACAUCAUCAGAAUCACCUUCGGACUUUCAGGUCUGGCAUUGACAAAUAUCGCUCUGGGCAUGCAAGCAUUCUCUUUUGGUGAUUUGAAACUUGGCUUUGGUACUGCUGUGUUCAAUGCUGCCUACUCAGUGCUCGGCAUGUGGGCCUUCGACCGUUUUGCGCCAGUGGCCGCGAUCGACCUUUGCAAGAUUGCACUCUUUUGGGUGGUAGUUGUUCGCACUGCUGUACAUGCCGCUGAGCCGUUGCCUCCUGUCUACGACAGCGAGACCGACACUUUCGGUGAGACUUGGGGUGACGACGGCUAUCAUCUGAUCUUCAAGAAGCCUAUCUCUGCUCUAUGGUUGUUCAUUUUGGGUAUUGUCUCCGAGCUUGCCUCUGGUGUGCCUGGACGUCUCUUUGGCACUGCCCUCUACAAGGCUCUGUACAGGGCUGGCGGAUUCCGCAGCAGCACUCUCAAAGGUGUUGACACUGCCAGAGAAGAAGCACUAUCUACGCUCAAGAAUGGCUGGGCGUCCAACGAGAUGCUCGCACCUUACUUCCUCAAGUCAUCAUCUGUGACCAUUGUGGAAAAGGUCCCUCUGGAGUGCUGA